AUGGUAGUACAAAAGGAUGGCCGGGUUCAGGACUACGCCAUGCAAAUAGUGAAGAUUCUUCAGUUCCUUCAUGAAGAUCCUAAGGGGAAGGUAGUUCAAGCCGAUGCCUCUCAGAAGAAAAAGGGAAGAAAGAAGAAGUCAGCGAAGAAAAGCACCGAAAAACCGGCAAACUCCGAGAAAACGCUUUCCUCGGAUCAUUCACCCAAGAGAAACCCUGAUGUCUUUCAGCCAAUACCAAUCAACACAGUUCAUCCUCAUCCAGCUCAAUCUCCAUCAUCAAGGCAAACCGAAGCCUCGGGGAACCAAGAAACUCAAUCAAAGUCGAAGGAGAAUUCGACUAAAGAGGUUAGUGUUCAUUCUGAAAACUCCAAAUCCCCAAACAAAAACCUCGAUGAAAUAAUGGUCGAAGUAGGUUUAAGAACCUCAGAAGUCAUAGUGGACGUGGUCCAAACUUUAAAUCGUGAAACCGAAGACGACGUGACAAGUCUUCUUAAGCUAGCUGAUCAGGUUGAGGUACCCGGUCAGAGUGGAAUUCAUUCCGUCGAAGAAACGGCCAAUAAUGAGAACAUCAUCCCUCCAGCUCAGGAGGGAAAUAUCGAAGAAAAUGAUCCAUCCGGCUCGGCUGGGAACAAAUCCGUUCCAACCGAAACAACGCUCCAAUCGGCUCAAGACAGGCCAGCAGAUUCAACAAUCACACCUGAAGGUCCAUCUCAGGUUAGCAAAGGCAAAGAAGUCCUAAUUGAGGAUUCUCUGGCAAAGGGAAAAGGUGCAUUGCAAACCAGUUCACAAACUGAGAUUGUGAUCGAACCCGAGGUCCCCAUUUCAGUAGAAGAAGAAGAGGAGAUGUAUCAGAAGUUCCUCCUGGAUAUGAACAAGGAAGCUGAAGAGAUGGUCUCAUCGUACCACUUAUGGGUCAAGCUCCGUUGUGAAACAAAGCUAUCAGACAUGAUCCCCGACAUUAGCGGUAACAAGUAUUGGGAGAAACUCUUGGAAUUAGAAGAAGUGGCCCUCAAGAUAACAGGUACCGACGUUAUUCAAGCCGCAUUCUCCAAAACGAUGGCGAUACAAGAAUACGCCCGGUUACAUGCAGUAGAAGAUGCCAUGAGGGAGGAAGAAGGGGCACAAUUAACUCCAAUAGAGUCAAGAAUGUUUGAGCAGUUUCACACAGUGCGUAAUAAUCUCAUUCAAAGUGUUGACCGACUCAAAGCAGAAUGGAGGGACGCGUGCAAACAUGUCUUAACUCAUGCUGAUCUCUUUCAAAGCAAACCCUUCUUUGUUACCGGAGAGUCCUCCAAAACAGCAGAAAACCGGAGCAGUGCCCCUCUACAGACUGAUCAGGCUCCGGCACUUGAGCAAGUUAAGGGAGUAGUGGUUGACACAAUUAUCUCUUGUCUUCACAAAUACAGCAUUGCUACAGAUGAGAAAAUUGCAACCGUUGAAACCAAUCUGACUGAAAUCGUCCGGGCAUCAGUUCACUCAGAGAUUGUCGAAACCGUUCAAACAUCAAUCAAGUCGAUGAUCGCCGAAUCUAUCAGUUCUGAUGCCGAAACUGCCAAGAAACUUCAAGACGAAGACGAGAAGAGGGAACGGUUAAGAAAAGAAAUCGAAGACAAAGAUCAUGAGCUGGUUAAGCAAUAUAAUGAUGAAGAAAAGGUCGCUCAACCUGAACUCAUACCGGCUCAAGCUUUGCACUCUAUGAAAAUGAGGAAUAAGAACAAACGAAAAGCGGUUGCGACUGUAAUGAAGCUGGCGGAACGAAGCGGUCUAGGAGAGAUUCAACCGGUCGGACAAAACGAAGAACCUCUUGACGAAGAAGAAGAGGAUACUAUACGACUCAACCGGCGAAAGAAGAAAGCAGUCGAAUAUUCAAUCGCAAUUCCUAGUUCCAGGCCAAUUGCUGCUCAACCAUCUCGCCCAUCCAGACCAGUAAGCGGCGGUUUCGGGUUCAACAAACGAACUCCCGGUAUAUCAAGUGUAUUUACCGGAUGGCGAAUCGACGCUGAAAGAAGAGAUAAGGAAUGGAAGGCAAGAGAAGAGGAAGAAAGGAAGCGAAAGGAUAAAGAAGACGAAAAGGGGGAUCAUCCAAUCCUUAGCUUAUCUCUCUCUUAUGAACAAUUUACUUAUGUUUGGUUUUUGUUUCAGAACUCGGUCAUUCUUAUCAUACUUUAA